AUGGAAAAUCCAAAAUUAUUCUACAGCUACAUAAGAAGCAGCACACGAAACAGAGAUCCAAUCCCCCUCCUGAAGACUAGCGGAGACGUAGAGAUUAGUGAGGAUGGAGAAAAAGCUGAGCACUUUUCACAAUUUUUUAAAUCCAUCUUUACUAGUGAAAGUCCAUUUACUCCUCCCGACUAUGACUUCGAUGAGGGUCCAAAAAUUGAGUCUGUAUCUUUUGAUGAAGCGACUUUUCGCAAAGAGCUAAUGACGCUAAAUGAGUCGAAAUCACCAGGUCCAGACGACAUACCGCCUAAGUUACUGCAGGAGCUCGCUGCCGAACUAGCCAAACCAUUUUCCAUGCUUUUCCAAGCCUCGUUCGAAGCCGGCUGCUUGCCCGCCGACUGGAAAUCUGCGCGGAUCACACCACUGCAUAAAGGAGGCAGCAAGGCCUCUGCAAACAAUUAUAGGCCAAUUAGCCUCACCUCCAUCUGCUGCAAACUCAUGGAGAAAAUAAUCAAGCGAGAGCUGAUGCGCUUCCUAGAGCAGCAUAAUUUAUUAUCUGGUGCGCAGCAUGGGUUUCGUAGUGGCAGGUCUUGCUUGACUAACUUGCUCAACUAUUUGGAACGUUGGACUCGGUCAGUUGAUGAAGGCAAUGCGCUGCAUGUAGUCUAUAUCGACUUUAAAAAGGCAUUUGAUAGUGUCCCACAUCAGCGACUCCUGCAGAAACUGAGCCGAACAGGGGUUAGGGGUAACCUCUUAAAAUGGAUUCAAAGCUUCCUAUUAGACCGUUGUCAAACUGUCCACGUCGGUGGCCAGAAGUCGACGGAGGUUGCCGUUGAAAGCGGUGUUCCCCAUGGCUCAGUUCUUGGUCCUACUUUGUUCACCCUUUACGUCAACGAUUGCGUGAGUGGACUGGAUUGUGGUGUCGCCAUGUUUGCGGAUAACAUUAAGCUCUGGAGCGUCAUUCGAACUGCAGAUGACGAAGAGCAUCUGCAGGCGAACCUAAACCGACUCCAACAGUAA